GCGAUACUCGGCACCCGAGAUGCUGCUCGAUGCGUUCUUCGCGGUGUAUUUGAUUCUCGUGUAUAUUGUUGUUCUGGCGCUGUCGACGUCGGUCAGGGAACAUAUGGUGUGUGUGUAUGGGAAUCUGGCUUGUUUGGUUUCGGGGUAUGUCCACCACCACACUAUCUUCAACAUCAACAUUCGAUAUGAAUAUGAGACUAAUAUACUGCCAGUCUCCUCCACGGACACGCAUUUGCCCGAGGCGUCUUGAAGAAAUACAUCACCAACUUCAUCCGCAAAUUCUCCUGUCGU